CAAAAUAUAAAUCACGUACUAUAUCUUUAAUCAAAACCCAUCACAAUCCUAAGAGUGACACAUCAUUCUUGCAGACCCAACAAUGGGACAUCUAAGUAUUUUUCAAAUGAAAGUGAUAUCAACAUUUCUUUUAAUCACUUCAGUAAAAUUGGUUUUUGGACAGAUUAGUACACCUUGCACAACUUCUAUGAUUAGUAGUUUCACCCCAUGUGCAAAUUUCAUUACAGGAAGCACCAAUUAUAAUGGUUUAAUAACACCAUCAAGUAGUUGUUGUGAUUCAUUACAGUCUAUGAUGAGUACUAGUAUGGAUUGUGCUUGCUUGUUAAUUACUGCUAAUGUUCCAUUUCAACUACCGCCUAUUAAUCGAGUUCUUUCCUUCUUCCUUCCACAAUCAUGCAACCUGAAUGGAUUGCAUGCACAAUGCAAGGCUUCUGGUUCUCCUUUACCAGCUCCAGGUCCAGCUAUAUUUGGAUCAAAUGUCCCGUCUCUUCCGCCAAUCAAUGCUUCUCCCUUGAGUUCACAAGAUGAAACCAUUGAGGUAGCUGAUUCUCCUAAAUAUGUAAUUCAACACUCAGCAAUUGCACCAGCACCGACAAAACUAGCACCAAUGAAGCAUAGUCGCCCAAGAAAACUUCAAGAAUUCAACAAGUAGUUUGGAGUUUCUAACUAUCAAAUAAUGCUUGUAUUUAUAUUCAUAUGCAAUUUGGAAUCAUGACUUUGAGUAUUUUAAUAAAUUUUUAAUCACUAAUGCUAGUUCUAAAUUAAUUA